GUUGUAUCAGCCAUUGGUAAGCUGUGUAGGUAUACCUAGCUAAGAACAUCCAUCAAUCUAAGGCGCCUCGAGAAGGCGAGCUCGAGAGUCGCAUGAUGAAGCAGACAAUGUACCCUGCCUUGAGGGCCCCCGAUGCACGCCCGCCCAAGGCCCGCCUGAACGGCGACCGUGCUGAAAAGGUAGAGUCGUCCAGCCUGCCAUCGUUCGAGGCCCCCCUGCGGCCCAAGCGACAGCAAGUCGCUCGAGCCUGCGAUUCAUGCCGCAUGCAUCGCAUCAAAUGUGACAAUAAUGUGCCGUGCAAAAACUGCGUGAGCAGAGGAGAAAACUGUAUCAAUAAGAGCCCCGGGGAAAGGCGCACCCUGCCUCAGGCUUACCGGGAAAUCGACAGACUGAAGCAAAAGGUGAAGGAGCUAGAGAAAGAGCUAGAGAGACAACAUAGUGAAUCUUCGCUCGUCUCCACGCCCGCCCGGCCGCAGCCAUUUGCCCUGACGCCUCCUGGUUCCGACUCAGCCCCGACACCAGAUAGUACAGGCCUAUCACACAAUGUCGUCGGCAGGAACCAAACAGUUUGGGGCGGUGUUAUGACUAGCACUGGCCAGUCGCCACAAAAGACGUGGUACGGGCCAUCGUCUCUUUUCUACUUCGUCUCCCGCAUGAACGCCUAUCUGUCCGCCAUCUUCAAGCAACUACAUCCAGAUGACCUGAUUCAACUGAAGACAGUCGCAAAGACUUUCGCGACUCCCGACUGUAACCCGACCGAGGAUGACGAUAAACCAGAUGCCAAAGAUGUAAACCAAACUAUCUCCAAUACAGCCUAUCUGACGCCCACUCAGGAAGAAUAUUUCUUGAAUCUGUUCUGGCAAUCGUAUCAUCCCACCUUGGUCAUCCUGGACGAGGCCGAGUUCAAGAGGCAUUACCGAUCUCUUGCAACAAAACCAGGACAGCCGCGCAAACCUUCAGCUCUUGUUGACAUUGUUAUUGCGGUGAGCAUGCAAGUUGGAAUGGCCGUGGCCGAACGGAAUAGUCCGAGAGUACUAUCAGCAACGGAAGUAGGCAGUGACGAUCCUAGUAUAGCUGGAAGGAUAUACUAUCGUCGGUGUCAACGCCUUUUGUAUAAUGAACAGGAGGCGCCAACACUGAUGACGGUACAAUGCCAUAUCCUUUCCGCAGUUUACACCUGCUGCGCUGCCUUCCAGAACAUGUCCCACAUAGCCCUUUCGCUCGCGGUCCGGUCAGCUCAGAUGCUGGGAUUGCAUAACAAGCCACCUAAUGACUUACCAAUCUCUACUCAGGAGUUACACAGGCGGGUUUGGUGGACUUUGUAUACUUUCGAGAGCAAGGCUUCCAUGAAGUUUGGACGUCCAUUCUACACGAAUGCAGAUUCAACGUCGUGUGAUCUGCCAGCUCAUGAUCACCGGGUGGCAAGUCUCGCAGGCUCGGACUUUGCACUCCUCGAUGAAAAUAACACGUGGCUCACAUACACUUUCUAUAAUGUCGAGCUCCUACUAGCUGCGCGCAAAGUUCACACUGCCUUCUAUGAAAAAUACUCGGAUUUCUAUAGUGGCAACAUGGGGCAAGUUAUUUACGAUGACCCACCUGCACUAGAGCGAUACGCCGAGUAUCUCACUACUGUGAUGAAACCUCUCGAUGAUUGGGGCAAGUCGGUGCCCAAUUCACUCAAGACAAAGCGCGAAGGUGACGGCCGGUAUCUCUCUACUGACCGGUCGCCUAUUGUCAUGGAGCAGUUUGUACCCCCCUGGUUACAACGGCAGCGCCUACUUCUUGAAUCACUUUAUCAUGUCUUGAAAUUGAACCUUUACAGACCGUUCAUCUGCUUCCCUUCCACGGCCACGGAAUCCUCGUCACUGGGGAAAAUGUGCCUAUCUCACGCUGCCUCUGCAGCGGAGCACAGCAUCGCACUAACUCGUAUCUUCCAUCAUGUCGUGACAAACACCGAUCUUCUUGUUGGCUGGCACGAAGCCUUCCAGUGGCAGUGGAACGCUGCUCUCACGCUUGCUGGGUACCUAUUUGCAUGCCCAACGAGCGAAAUUGCGCCGACAGUUCGCGAGUCAAUUGAUUUAUCUAUAGUGGUGUUUGAAGAUUUUGGGCGCAGCUUUGGCACCUCUCUAGGUGCAGCUACAGUGAUGCGUGAUUUAGCAAUCAAAAUCGAUUUUCUUGCUGAGAUCCUACGCGGAAGCAAUUCAACCGCGACACUUCCAACCGAGCCGGCGGCGCAAAGCGCACAAGAACCCGCCACCGAUCGUUACUCAACCACGACUGAUGUUAUGCCGUCGACGAACAAUAUCCCAUUUUCUCAAGAUUUAUUCUCUGGUUCGAUGAACAUGGCGUUUUCUGUUGACAACUCGGGUGAUUUGGAUAUGUUAUGGCCCCCGAUCGAAAACACGGCUGAUCAAUGGUGGAUUCAUACUGAGCCACCUGGCUCUAACGGAUUUGGGUACGGAUUUCCGGGAUGAUUUGGUGGUAUUUAUAUUGAAAUGAAGAUAUCCAGCUACUUUUGAACAAAAUACCUCAUUCCCGUAGACAUAGCGUAGUGACGUGAAACUCCGAUCCAACUCCGACGAUGCAUAUCCAAAGAGUCGAGAACAUCCUUGAUUUGGCGGGUUUGUCUUGCGUUAGCGUUACUUGUCAAUGCACCAUUCGAAG